UGCAGUACUUAUACCGCCUGAGACUGCUGUACUUCAUCUCCAUCAACGAGACUGUCCACGCCACGGAAUGGGCCGAGUGUGAAAAAAUCGAAGCGGAAGAGUUCGCAUCACUACACAAGCUGCAUGCGGCAGAGGAGAAGAAGCUGGAAAAGGAGACGCACUGGGGGUUCACUAACAAGAUCACCGGUAAAAAAGAGAUCAACGGAGAGGUUGUCAAGAAGGCUGACUAUCCGCAGGUAGUGGAGGAGCACAAAGCCAGACUCGCUGAGAACAUCAACAAAGAGACAGAAGAGAAGAAGGCCAUGCAAGCCAAGCGACGAGUGGACUUAGAGGCAGCGCAGAACGCGAUAAUUUCGGAACUCAUCAUCAAGCAGUCCAGCUUGUUGAAGAAUAUCAAGUCGGAUGAUCGUUACUAGGCGAGAAUGAUAGGACAUACGAGUGAGUGUAUAUACGAGGAUCUGAAAUGUCAUUGGACGCGCUCUUAUCGGUGGGUGGUGGAUGGCCAGAUUGUGUGAUACCUGAUGCCAGAGACGGGAAGACGCGUCAGGUGUACCGAACUUUGCCGGUCAAAUGUGGAAGGAACCCAAACACGAACCAGAAAUAUUCAACACCGGCCUAGUGCCGACGCCGCCAGUAUUCUUGUGGCAUACCUUUAUGGUGUGUUUGAAAUCAGAAUAUAACGGAUGGGCUUGUACCUUAAAAGAGGCGAACUAUCCAUUCCAAAUAAACAAUCCUGCAGACCCCAUGCAUAGAAUGCAUGACCUCGGGAAAGAGGACCAAUAUAUCAAGUACCCAUCUUUUCACCAGGUUGUGUAUCCUAUCAAAGGUUAAUGCACAUACGCUG